AUGGAAAGCAUGGACUUGAACUUGAACUUGGACGCGGAUCUGCAGCACCGAUUAGAUCUACAACCUUCUAAUAGAAAUGGAAAUGGAAAUAUCAGUGCACCUCACACUACGGGAUCUAGACACGGCCCGGGAUCAAUUUCAUUUGCGUCGGAUUCUCAAUUCGGAAUUCAUGAUUCAAAUGGGAAUGGUAAUGUCAAUUUCCAGAUAUCCGGGCCGGAUGUAAACAUUAUCGCCGCUUCUUCGCAAUCGUUUCUGAAUUCGCAAGAUAGUAUUAGUCCUGCUGCGAAUCAACCGGAUGGGGUUGAGGAUGGGGUUGAUGAUGCUCAGAUGCAGGGACAGAAGAAAAUCAAAGCUCCGAGGUUGUAUCAUAAGAAGUCGAGGAAUGGAUGUCAGAGAUGUAAGGCGAGACGUGUUAAAUGUGACGAGAUGAGACCUAUCUGCAAUAAUUGCAUAAGGCAUAGGUUAUCAUGUGUUUAUUCCAAACCGCCACCGCCCCCUACAACAUCACCUUCUCAGACCAUCAAAUCAAAUUCCAGCAACCCCUCCACACCAGAACGUAUCAGUGUACACACUCUCGUGAAAGACUUAAGCAGCACUUCGGUUUCACCCCAGAUGGAUCUCUCAAUUCCUCUAUCUCCAAGUCAAACCUAUAGCGACGACCUACCCGAAUCCAGUGCCCGUCGAAUGCUCGAACUUCGGCUACUUCAAACUUACAUAAUCCACACCUCUCCUACAUUUCCUAGCUGUCAUAACCCCGAAACUCUCAAUCUCUGGUCUGUAGUUGUUCCCAAGCUCGCUUUUGCAUCCCCGAAUCUUCUCUACGCUAUGUUUGCUAUUGCCUCUCUACACCUUCACGUACUCUCUCCCAACGAUGUCGAGAUACAAGGAGCGCGUCAACACUACCUUUCUCUAGCAUUACGUCAUCAUCAAAAAGGAGUUGCUAGUUUAAAUCCCAGUACCGCUGACGCAGUCAUGUUUACCUCAGUACUCAUUCUCAAUGAUGCCUUUUCGAGUUUACAAGUACGUUCCAUGAAACCAUACAAACUACCUAUGCAUUGGCUCCAAAUGGCUCGAGGAACCGCAUCAGUCUUUGCCGUCGCAUUAAGCAUGAUACGACACGAUCCAAACGCCAAAGCAAUGGCACUCCUCCGCACCAAACCCGCCCUCACCAAACCAGAAGAAAGAAUCAACCGUCCCGAAAUCCACCCCCUAUUCAACGCAAUCCUCACCUACCCCUCUCCCCAUACCAGCAUCUCCCCGCAAAUCUACCCCCACCCCCACACAUACAUCAUCUACACCCCCACCCUCAACCCCGACCCCUCCAUCCCCCCCUCCCACCUAACAGCCUACACACAAACCCUCAGCUUCCUCUCCACCAUCCACCUCCACAUCACACAACACGAACACCCCAUGGCCACCGCCCGUCGCUUCACAGCCUUUGGUCUCCAAGUCCCCAAACUCUUCAUCGAUCUGGUGGAAGAGAGACAGCCGCGUGCCCUAGUCAUCUUUGCGUAUUAUUUUGCUAUGGCUACGUGUUUGGUUGAGGGCGCGGGCCCUGCUAAUAGCAUCACGCUGCGGAUGAGGAAUGGUGAGGAUGCGGAUUUGGAGAAGUCGUUUUGGUGGUUGGGGGAUGUGGUGCGGAGGGAGGUGGAGGGGAUUAGUGCGAUUUUGCCGGGGGGUUGGGAGGGGUUGAUGGGGUGGCCGAGGAGGGUGGCGGGGUUGGGGGAGUUGGGGUUGGGGGAGUUGGGGUUUGGGUAG